UGGAUGCCUAUCUUAUUUCAUUGCAAUCCCGACUUAUAACAAUAUCUUAUCGCCUCCUGCUAGCUCUUGACGGAAAGAACCCGCUUAUCGGGAACCGCUUGCGAAUUGGUCGAGAAGCUGUCGACAGCCAUGGGUCGUGAUUUUGGUUUCCAUUUUGCCGACUUCUUCACAGGCGCGCUUCUCAAAGUAUGCGCAAGAACAAACAAGGUCAUGGUCAGCCGUGCAGUUAAGGCCCUCAAUAGCAUCAUCAACGCCGGCUGUCUCACCACCCUCCCCAGGGCCUGCCAGGCCUUCAUCACCAACAACAAAGCCCUCAGAAUUGCCUGCAUCGGUCUCAUUGCCACCUGCAUUGCGCAAUUUCCUAGUCAGGAUCUCGAGCCCUUCGUCGCCGCCUUUGAGCCCGUGCUGAAGGAGGGUGUCUCCGAUGCCGCUCCAGAGGUUAGGGACACCAGUCGAAAGUCUUUCAAGGUCUACGCCGAAAAGUUUCCUGACCGUGCCCAGAUUCUCACUACGACUUUACCAGGGAAUGUGUUGAAAUAUCUGCUGCCGGAUUCUAGAUCGUCAGUAUCACAGGCACGAACAAUAACUGCAUCCACGGCACGUUCAGCAUCCUCUAUGGGUCGCUUUGGAGAUACAGGAGAGUUGCCCCGUCACCAGUCGAGCCGUGAACUUACCACGGGACUGAGCAGGACAGGACCUAGCAGGACAGGACCCAUGCGAGCAAGAACGAUGGCCAUGACGGAACAUGCACCUUCCGCCUCCUUUAAGAUGCCCUCCACCUCUGCCCCGCAUACCUCGCAGUCAACACAACCCUAUACCUACCAUAUAACCCAACACCAACACCACCAUCAACAGCAGCCUCCGUCUCAGCAACUGCAGUCAAGCAUGUCUCAGCAGCAUCAUACCCUAACGCGAAAUCAUGGACCAGCCAGCAGGACUGGUUCGCUCGCAGAUACCUCUGAUAGUGCUGGACAUGGAACCCUGCGCCUGGCUUCUCAGAGAAGUCGCCCCCUUAGCAGCAGCGCCCUGACACCCAGCUCCAUGCUGCAGCGCACUCCCUCGAUCAACCUAGCUACCAAUGGAGGCCCGCAGAGAGUUGUUCCUGCCUCAUACAACGCUGACGCUGCUAAGCCAACCCGACCAACUUCGGUGAGUCGAUUCUCCAAAACCGAGCCCGCAUCCAAGGCGAACCGAAUAUCGACAAUCUCCAGCCAUUCGACCCACAGCACAUCGCUGGAACGCGACCCGAACCAGAUGAGCGCCAGUGAACGCGCCAAGGCAUAUUCGGCAAGUUUGAAGAACGAGAUGGCGAGCCGCCGCGCAAGCGACCUACAUAUGCGGACUGGGUUAGGUACCAGAAGAGCGACUUCAGAUCAUGUUGGGUACUCUGGAUACGCAUCCAUGUCGUCGACCUCAAUCUCAGCCAGCUCGAACGCAAGCACAGCUCCUACAUCGGCUGCGGCAUCGACCACUUCCGCCUCUCCUGCUUCCUCAUCCUCUACCUCACCAACAGCAAUGCAUUCACCUAAUCAUGACCACCUGUUCUCGACCUUCAGGGCUCCCGCCAGCUCACAGACGGCCUCCUCGCCGUCAGAGUCCUGUACCUCACCCGACGCCAGACGCUGGACCCCACCAAGGUCCCAACCGUCGGACGACGCUAUCAAUAAUGCUGUUGAAUCCGAUCCGCUUUCGCCCACGGUCAUGGCCCAGGUAUCCUUGGAGGCGGAUCGUAGCAUAUCAGACCGUAGCAUAUCGGACCAGAACCAUCAUCAGGAACACCAGCAGCAGCACCAGAACGAUGUCUCUGUUGUAGAGGCUUUAUCACGCGCAAAUACUGGCCAAACGCCUCUGUCUCCCCACUCGCCACUGCAUCCUCAUACUGCGCUGCCGUAUCCGCCAUUGACUCAAUCUGGAGAACAUGAGCAAGCAAACUCACCAAACUCACUCUACGCUCCGCCAUCGCCUCUGCAGGAGAACCACGAGGCAGAUGUACGGGACUUUGAUUUUGCAGAGGCGUAUAGCGACGCCGAUACGGACCACAACAUGAGUGUCCCGGACCACGAGAGUUUAUUCGGGAAUACAGAAAGCUAUCUGCAGAUUGAGAAGGAGAUCUUGGAGCUACAGCAGUCUCUCAAAGGACGGGUGCCUGCAAGGUCAAACGAAGGACAAGAUAGAAGCGACUUUAUGGAUGAGGAUGCCCAAGUGAUUGAGCAGGAGCAGAUAGCGGUCAAGGUGUAUGCAGAAGAGUACGAAGCCACGCUAGCAGCAGCAUCGUGCUCUUCAACUUCGCUACCCUCGAGCCACGAAGAAGAAUGACCCACAUCGAAUAUUUUCGAAAAGAGCUCACAAGAAGCAACUGUCUAUUGAAGACCAACAAAGAACAACGAGACCCGGUCGAACGUGCCUGCAUUGUC